AUGACCACCGAGAGCGGCCAGCAGCAGCUGGAGCCCCCGGCCCCUCUCCGCUCCUGCAGCCCGGCUCCCGGAGCUCUCCAGUCCGCCUUGAUGAGCCAGCCGCCCCCCUCCGCCCUGGAGACCUCCUCCUCCUCCUCCUCCUCCAGCAAGAACAAGAAGGCGAGCUCGGGGCUGCGGCGGCCCGAGAAGCCCCCUUACUCCUACAUCGCCCUCAUCGUGAUGGCCAUCCAGAGCUCGCCCACCAAGCGGCUGACCCUGAGCGAGAUCUACCAGUUCCUGCAGAGUCGCUUCCCCUUCUUCCGCGGCUCCUACCAGGGCUGGAAGAACUCGGUGCGCCACAACCUCUCGCUCAACGAGUGCUUCAUCAAGCUGCCCAAGGGGCUGGGCAGACCCGGCAAAGGCCACUACUGGACCAUCGACCCGGCCAGCGAGUUCAUGUUCGAGGAAGGCUCCUUCCGCCGCCGGCCCCGGGGCUUCCGAAGAAAGUGCCAGGCGCUCAAGCCCAUGUACCGCAUGAUGAACAGCAUCGGCUUCAGCGCCUCCAUCCUGCCUCAGGGCUUUGACUUCCAGGCGCCCUCUGCCUCCCUAGCGUGCCACGCCAACGGCUACAACCUAGACAUGAUGACUAACUCCAUGGCCGGGGGCUACGAGGCGCUGAGCGGGGGGCAUCACGCCCCUCACAUGUCCCCCAACCCGGGCUCUACCUACAUGGCCAGCUGCCCUGUGACUUCCAAUGGGGACUACGGUCCCGACAGCAGUAGCAGCCCCGUGCCAUCUUCACCCGCCCUGGCUAGUGCAAUUGAAUGCCAUUCCCCCUACACGAGCCCGUCAGCUCACUGGACAGCAUCAGGGGCAUCUCCGUAUAUAAAGCAGCAGGCCCUUCCACCCAGUAACCCAGCCUCAGCGGGCAUCCACUCCAGCAUGUCCAGCUACUCUUUGGAGCAAAGCUAUCUGCACCAAAACGCCAGGGAGGACCUGUCAGUGGGAUUGCCUCGCUACCAGCAUCACUCUUCCCCAGUGUGUGACAGGAAAGAUUUUGUUCUCAAUUUUAAUGGCAUUUCUUCUUUUCACCCUUCUGCUAGUGGAUCUUACUAUCAUCACCAUCACCAUCAAAGCGUCUGUCAAGAUAUCAAACCCUGUGUGAUGUGA